AAAAAAAAAAAAAAAAAAAAAAAAAGAGCCCCUCAUUUCCUGGGUUUAUCUGGGGUUUUCCAUUGAAGUUCUAAGAAACCCGACAAUGGCGGCGACAGUAACAGCAGCACCCAACAACAACGCCGCAGCAACGGUGGUGGAAUGGCACCAACGACCUCCCAAUCCCAAAAAUCCCAUCGUCUUCUUCGACAUCACCAUUGGUUCUAUUCCUGCUGGUCGCAUCAAAAUGGAGCUUUUUGCUGAUAUUUGCCCUAAAACUGCUGAGAAUUUUAGGCAGUUUUGUACCGGCGAAUACAGGAAAAAUGGAUUGCCUGUUGGUUAUAAGGGAUGUCAGUUUCACAGAGUGAUUAAGGAUUUUAUGAUUCAAGCUGGUGAUUUUUUGAAGGGCGAUGGUAGUGGAUGUGUUUCCAUCUAUGGGACCAAGUUUGAGGAUGAAAAUUUCAUUGCAAAACACACUGGCCCUGGUUUGUUGUCAAUGGCUAAUAGUGGACCAAAUACUAAUGGAUGCCAGUUCUUCGUGACCUGUGCAAAAUGUGAUUGGCUUGACAAUAAGCAUGUGGUUUUUGGGAGAGUGCUAGGAGAUGGCCUUUUGGUUGUCAGGAAAAUUGAGAAUGUUGCCACUGGACCAAACAACCGUCCUAAACUUCCAUGUGCUAUCGCUGAAUGUGGAGAAAUGUAGAGCAUUGGAGUUAUAUGCUGGCUAUUGUAAUCUGCUGACCUGGAUACUAUGUUCAUAUAAGAAUGGAAAACUACCCUAGUUGACAAUGUUUAGGAUCAAUCAACAUGGGACUAUGGGAGUAUCAAUAUUACUUCUGCGAGCUUCGAUUUUCUGUCAGGAUUAGGUUCACUCUUUGCUAAUCUUCGAUGUAAAACAUUAAACACUUCCCAGGAAGGACAUUGAAUAUACUUGCUGAGCUGCAUAAGAAAUAAUGCUAAAAGUUAUGUUUUGUAGUUCUUGCGAUCUUGCAGAAAAAGAAAAAAAAAAGAAAAAGAAGCAAUAUUAUAGAGUUUUUAUUUGUCCAAAAGAAGCAAGCAUAGAAUGAUAAAGGCUUCA